AUGGUUUAUGGCAAAUCUUGCCACCUAAUUAUGGAAAUGAAACACGAAGCAUACUGGGCUCUGAAAUUCCUUAAUUUUGAUGAGUCCUUAGCAGGAGAAAAAAGCAAGUUGCAACUCUUGGAACUAGAAGAAAUGAGGAUGAAUGCCUACGAGUCUUCAAGAUUGUACAAAGAAAAAGUGAAGGCCUAUCAUGAUAAGAAGCUGCUCAAAAAGGAGUUCAAGCCAGGACAGCAAGUGUUGAUGUUCAAUUCAAGAUUGAAAUUAUUUCCAGGCAAGUUGAAGUCUAAAUGGUUUGGACCCUUCAUCAUCAAAGAUGUCAAGUCCUACGGGGUUGUGGAAUUACUUGAUCCUCAAUCAGAAACUCUAGAAAAAAUAUGGAUAGUAAAUGGUCAGAGAUUAAAGCAGUACCAUGGAGGGAAUAUUGAGAGGUUAAACACCCUCAUGCAUUUACAAGACAUAUGA